UCCUUCACCAUGGCUUUUAAGAUAUUUAUUGCCGCCUGCCUGGUAGCUGUUGCCUCAGCCCAGUACGGAGGAUACGCCGCACCAAAAUACGCAGCUGCACCCAAGUAUGCUCCAUACGCUGCUAAGUACGCCGAGCCCGAGCCCUACGACCCCAACCCCCAGUACUCCUUCCACUACGCCGUCAAUGACCCCAGCACUUACGACAUCAAGAGCCAGAAGGAGGAGCGUAACGGAGACUACGUGACCGGCUCCUACGAGCUGUACGAGCCUGACGGUUCCAAGCGUACCGUGGAGUACUACGACCAGGGAUACGGCUUCCAGGCUGUCGUCCACACAGAGCCUGCAAAGGGAGGAUACGCCGCUCCCGCCUACUCCGCCCCCGCAUACUCCAGGCCUGCGUACUCAAAGCCUGCCUACUCUAUCAUUCUUAUUGCUGCUGCAGCACUAGUCGCCGUGUCGGCUAGGCCCCAGCACGAACAUCUAGGCCAGGCGCAGAUCGACCACGGGUUCCACGUGGAGUACAAGGAAGAUUACUACGACCCUCACCCCAAGUACAAGUUCGAGUACGGCGUCCACGACAGCCACACUGGCGACGUCAAGAGCCAGAAGGAGGAACGUGACGGAGAUGUGGUGCACGGCAGCUACGAGCUGGUGGAGGCGGACGGUUCCAAGCGCGUCGUCCACUACACAGCUGAUCACCACACUGGGUUUAACGCUGUCGUCCACAGGGAACACAACGUCCAUCCUCAACAUUACCAACAUCACCAGGAACACAUCCCUGAAUAUAGCGGAAAUGAAGUCGAACAUCAGGCUCAUAUACCAGAACACCACGAAUCUAAUUCGCAGCAUCACGAGAACGCACUACAUAGGUUAUAUACUCUUUACUAG